AUGAUGGCCAUUGAGAAAACACAGACUGAGAUCCUGGAAUGCCUUCGAGCUCUGAUGUCGACUAACAUGCCAGCGUCACCUGUACCCGAUGACCGACCACCAUAUGAGCAUGGUUCCACCGACGAUCCUAAUCUGCUAUCUCCUCGUCCGUACGAAAGGAAAUGUGGCAGUAUGUUGUCACUUGAUCCUCCGCUACCUUCUCCCAUGAAGAUAGGAAGUGUGAGGCGGCGGCAUGAAGAGUACACCACCAUUACUGACUCCAUUUCUAUCCAUAAGGAAGGGAGAGGUUUACGGCAAGGACGAUCGCUCUCUACGGAACAUCCAGAGAGUGAUCACAGCGAAGACGGAGCGGGAUCACAUGACGAACGGGAGAGUUCAGUCCGUCCGAAGAGAUCUACAGCAGAUAAAAGAGCUGAUGAGACCGACCACUCACGAUUGCUGGAAGAGGAGGAACUAGCAGAUUGCGAAUUGACGGAUAUUCCUUCUGAUGUUGACGAUGUUGCCGUAAACCUAACCGAGGAAGAACUAGAGCCAGACCUUCACACCAGCCUUGAUGAUUCUAAAGGUAUCGUAUUCUCAGUGGUGAACGAGCAAGAGUCUCCUCAUCCAUCGCCUCAACGAGUGCAGAGCCCUAUGUCAUCUAGCGCAUAA